ACUAACCUAGCCACAGUAUCUCACCACUUGCUCUCUGGAAAAUGCUUCACGUGGGCUCCUUGUGCAGCCGCUCGCUUUUACGCAGCAGAGAUGACAUUUUCUGCUGCCGCCGUUCAGCCAGUGCGUCUUUAGAGUGCGCUUCAUCCUAAGCUGCUCCAAUCAAACUGGAUCAACUUGGACUGAAAAAAAUAAAGGGGGGAAGACAUUUUGGCAAGGAUCAGUUCUCUUUUUUUAUUUUACCCCUUUCUUUUUUGAUGAUUGGGAAUGUGGCCCACCGUGGGGGACAUCAUCACUACGGAGUGAGAAGCUUCAUUUUCCAGCUGUGUUUUUAAGAAAUCGGAAAACUGUUAUUUAACUUCCCGCUGACAGAAGGAGAGAGGAGGAAAGAGAGAAAAAAYGAGCUGUCUGAUCUGCUACAUCCACCAGACGACAGCGGGGGGGCACAGGACUCUGAAUCUUUGGUGAAGAAAGUUCUCCAUGCUCCUGUCAGUGGAUGUUUUUGUGACGUGAUUCUGCCUCGGGGAGCAGCGGUGGACUGAUCAGCUGUGCGCGCUCACACACACGACUCUCUGGCUCAGGCAGAUCUUCUGAGGACCUAAUGGAACUGACUUUACGAGCAGUACUGUUUUGGGURGUGGUGCUUCACUGUGGCUCUGCUGAAGGCAGCAUCCUCUACCGAGUCCAGGAGGAGCAGCCCCCCAACACUCUUAUUGGUAGCCUGGCAGCAGACCAGGGACUGCCGGAUUCGGGUCACCUCUACAAGCUGGAGGUGGGCGCCCCUUAUCUCCGUGUCGAUGGGAAAACGGGGGARAUUUUCACCACAGAGAUUCCAAUCGACAGAGAGACCCUGAGGGACUGUCGGUCCCUGGCUAAGGGCAAACCCUGCUACUUGGAAUUUGAAGUUUCAGUUACAGAUCUGAUACAAAACCAGAGCCCACGACUUAUUGAAGGACGGAUUGAAGUGCAGGACAUCAAUGACAACACACCGCAAUUUCCCUCUUCUGUGCUCAUCAUCUCGGUGCCUGAAAACACAAUCAUGGGGGCAUUAUUCUCCAUACCUCUUGCUACAGACAGGGACUCUGAGAGGAACGGCGUGGCUGACUAUGCGCUGACUGCAGGGCCAGAUGCAGCAACCCUAUUUAAUUUACAAGUGGCUGAUGACAGGGGAGUGAAACUCCCUCAGCUUAUUGUCCUUGGUAAUCUAGAUCGAGAGUUAAAGGAUUCUUAUGACCUCACCAUCAAGGCAGUGGAUGGAGGGAACCCUCAGCGCUACAACAGUGCUUUGCUUCGAGUGGUCGUGACCGACGCAAAUGACAACGCCCCCAAAUUUGAAAAAUCCUCAUAUGAGGCAGAYGUUUCUGAAAACAGUCCAGUGGGGCACUCUGUUUUACAGGUCAAAGCAAACGACUCUGAUAUGGGCCCUAAUGGAGAAAUUGAAUACACCCUUCAUCAAGCUGUAGACCCAGUGCCAAAACUCUUACGGAUUGAUCGGUCCACCGGCAUCAUCUAUGUCAAAGGACCUCUGGACAGAGAGGAAAUCAGCAGCUUGUCCUUCUAUGUAGUGGCGAGGGAUAAGGGUCCUCAACCUAAAAGCUCCAAGACAUUUGUAACCAUCGAGGUGACUGAUCAAAAUGACAACGCUCCAGCUGUGGAGAUUCGUGGAAUUGGCCUUGUGACGCACAGUGAAGGAGUGGCUAAUAUUUCAGAGGACAUGCCAGUGGGGACAGCUGUUGCUUUGGUACAAGUAUCUGACAAAGAUGAAGGAGAGAACGCAGUGGUUACUUGUGUGGUUGCAGGUGACGUGCCCUUUCAGCUUCGCCUUGCCAGCGACUCGACRGCUGACAACAAGAGGAAGUAUUUUUUACAGACAACCACUCCCUUAGACUAUGAACGUGUCAGGGAUUACAGAGUAGAAAUUGUUGCUGUAGAUUCUGGAAAUCCAGCACUGUCCAGUACAAACUCCUUAAAGGUGCAGGUGACUGAUGUGAAUGAUAACUCUCCGAUAUUCUCCCCAACUUUGUUUGAGGUAGAUUUUGCGGAGGAAAACCAACCAGGAGAGAAGGUUUUGGAUGUUAUCGCUUCUGAUGCUGACAGCGGCACUAAUGCAGAACUCCUCUAUAAUAUUGUGGCAGAUUCAUCCAUCAAAGGYUUGUUUGAGAUUGAUGCAAACACAGGUGAAGUAAGAGCUCGAAGCCCACUAGAUCGCGAGCACAAGGAAAGAUAUGAGUUCAGGGUCACUGCAGCAGAUAAAGGCUCACCUGUUCACAAAGGAACAGCAACAGUGGUAGUAAAAGUGCUUGACCGCAAUGACAAUGACCCCAAGUUCAUGUUAAGUGGCUACAGCUUUUCAGUCUUGGAAAAUAUGCCUCCCCUCAGUCCGGUUGGAAUGGUGACYGUUCAGGACAUGGACAAAGGCGAGAAUGCUCGAGUUCACCUCUCUGUAGAACCUGAUGGUGGAAAGUUUGUAGUUCAAAAUGGAACAGGCACCAUUUUAUCAAGCAUUUCAUUUGACAGAGAGAAAGAAAGCAGCUACACAUUUCGUCUUAAAGCUGUGGAUGGAGGAGAACCACCUAGGUCCUCUUACGUUGGUGUUACCAUCAAUGUAUUAGAUGAAAAUGACAAUGACCCUGUGAUCACUAAGCCUUCUAACUCCUCUUUCCGUCGUUUGUCACCUCUAGCCUCACCAGAUAGCCAUGUAGAGGUGGUAGAGGCUGAAGACCUGGACAGUGGGCCUAAUGCAGAGCUMGUGUACAAUAUUGCUGGAGGAAAUCCUUACAAUUUAUUUCGCAUUUCCCCCUCUAGUGGCGAAAUCACACUGGCCAAGGAAAUGACUCGCAAACAUGGUGGACUACAUCGCCUAGUGGUGCGAGUGAGUGACAGGGGAAAACCUCCACGACACGCUACUGCUUUGGUUCACAUAUAUGUCAAUGAAACAAUUUCAAAUGUCAGCCUUGUGGAAGCCUUAGUUGGACACAGUCUUUACACUCCACUGGAUAGAGACAUUGCUGGUGAUCCCUACAGUGGUUUUGCUGCACACCGCAGUAACAUUUUGUUUGGAAGUCUAGCUGGAGUGGCAGGAGUUGUAAUGCUGAUCCUGGUUGUGGUAUUUAUUCGUCACCGUAUUCAAAGAGAAACAAAGAGUGGGUAUCAGGCUGGAAAAAAGGAAACAAAGGARUUAUAUGCACCCAAGCAGGCACCAAAAAAUGCCAAAGGCAAACGUGGAAGAAAAGGCAAACCCCAGAAGUCCCCCAAACCACUCGGGGAAGAGGAGGAGGUCAGCCUUCAAAAGAGUCUCAAGUUCAACCUUGAUGGAGUCAAUGACAGCCCCAGGAUACACCUGCCCUUAACAUAUUCACCAGGAAGRCCUGAUAUAGGCAGGCACUACCGCUCCAACUCGCCCUUACCUUCUAUUCACCUGCAAGCCCAAUCCCCUUCAGCCUCUCAGAAGCACCAAGCCGUCCAGGACCUUCCUGCAGCCAACACUUUUGUUGGAACAGGAGGAGAUGACAACUCCACCGGCUCAGACCAGUACUCCGAUUACAGCUACAAAGCCAAUCAACUCAAGUACAACAACAAGCAGCAUCCCCAUCGCAGAGUGACCUUUUCCACCACCAACCCUGUGCAGGACAUGCAGGAUGCCUCCCAGCACAGCUACUAUGACAGCGGCUUGGAGGAGUCGGAGACUCCCAGCAGUAAAUCAUCAUCUGGCCCUCGCAUCGGACCCCUCACCCUGCCGGAGGACCAUUACGAGAGAACCACCCCAGAUGGCAGCAUCGGAGAAACAGAGCACCCAGAAAACGACAUUCGCUCCCUCCCUGACGUGGCAAUGACUGGAAACUGCACGACGGAAUGCAGCGAAUUGGGUCACUCAGAUGCCUGCUGGAUGCCUGGGCAUCCCUCCCCCGUGCGCAAGACCAGGAACCCCCCCAAACUCUCCACCUUCGUGCCUUARCAGGAGAGAGGGAGUCUGGGACGCCUGGCCAAUGGAAGCGCCAGACUGGGUGGCCAGGAGCACCGCUCGCACCUUCCGCCUUCCCGCAGUGCCUACUCCAACAGCGGUCAUGAUGCCAAUCUGGACUGCCCCUUAGAGGAAAUGCCCUUAAGUGUAGCCUCUGAGUUCCCGCCCACGUCCCCCUCUGCCCACACUCCGAAACGAGAAAUUUACCUGUGAGGAACAUAUUCAUCUGAUUAUUACAUAAAGGGAGGAAAAGUACACCAAGUUCAGAAGAAAAAAAAAAAAAC